AUGGCUUUAAGUCUGGGUGUUUUGACGCAAGCCGAUUUAAAUGAGGCAAUGAAAUUGGAAAAGCGGAGACAAUUUGAGGCAGAACGUAGGAAACGUAUCUUCAAUGCUAAGCAAAGACUUUACGGGCUUGACUUGGACGCGUUGGAGAAACAAAUAUCGGAAAAAGCGAAGCAACGUCGCAUUGAAGUAGAAUGCGAGAAACGUUAUGAGCACCAGACGCAAGUAAUGCAAGAUGCAAUAAAGGCUAAAGAGCUCGAACUAGGGAAACAUAAGCAUGCCGUAGAGAGUGAUUUGAAUUAUUAUCGCUGCCGAUUUCAACGUAAAGAUCAACGUCGCGAAUUCGAUUUAAACGAUCCGAAUUGGAUUAAGAAAUCGCAACCGGUACGUAUAGCGGAUGAUGAUAUUAAUUUGGGCAUUUCAAGUGCCCAAGUUUUUCCGGGCGAAGAUUUGGGUUUUAAAGAACGUAAACAAAGGCAGCGCGAACAGCAGAGAGCUUGGCUUGAUCAGCAAGUUAUAGAAAGAAAACAGGCCGAAGAAUGCCGCCUAAAGGCUGAUAAGAUUCUUCAAGAGUCUAUACAAUCGCGUGAUAAACGUUUGGAAGAUAUGGCCAACUCGAACCGCCGUAUCCGUACUGAAAUUGUAGACUCAAUACGUCACUACAAUAGCGAAAUGGCAAAACGGAAAAGCGAAGAACGCGCCCAAAAGAAAAAAGAGAAUAACGAAGAUGACAUGGCUGAAAUUUAUAACAUGCUGACCAGUGAUAUGCUAACCGAAAAUCCCGAUGUGGCACAAUCGAAAACAAAUCCAAAAAAGAAAAUCGCUUAUAUGUUCCGGGGUAUGACUCCUGAAGAAUUAAAAAAAUUCCGCAAAGAACAACGUCAACAAGUGCUUGAACGUGAGUCCCAAAAGAGAGAUGAACAACUGAUGGACAAACAAUGGGAACAAUACGCUUUGAAUAUGGAUCGCGAACUAAUGUUAAAACAAUUGGAUAUGAAGCGUAAAAAACAAGCCGAAUUGCAAGAAGUUAUUGAAUAUAAUUCCAUUUUGGCUAAAGAGCAAAAACUUCAAAAGGAAUACAACAAAAACGUGAUGAAUAUCAAUCAUGUUUCAAAGGAGUUCUACGAACAAUUUAACAAAACUACGCGCUGA